AUGACUGACACGCGCCGCCACGAGCUGAUUGUUGUUAAUGACAGCCAGAAAACUGGCGAAGUAGUUGAGGAGUGCAGCACACUGCUUAGAGAUGUUGGUACACAUCUGACACUGUCAAUACAUUUUCAGCGCAUGGUUGACGAGAUUGUACUGAAGGCGCCUCUGAGGCACGCAACACGCGCAGUGGCCAUCUACGAACAACUCCGACGUCAAUUCACUGACUUGGCAGCAAAAAUCGAGCUCCGUGACAUCUUCGUGAGUGAUAUACUUCCAUCUCAUGACUGUAUCGCAGAAGGGCGAGUCAGGGAAGGAGAGGCGCAGAUUGUCAAUGCUCGAGAUCCGAAUAACAUUCCCAUAGAAAACUAUCAGCCUACGAUUCUAAGAGCACUUCGAAACAUGAAAUUAAAAUGA